AUGCCAGGGCCUUGCGUAACCAUGUAUGGCAACACGUGCAGAAGGCACGUGAUUCCCAACUUUUGGACAGUCAACGAACGUAUCAACUUGUCAUCCAAGUGGUUUCAUUCGGCUGACCCCAGGCCACUGCGCUCCCGCCCUCACUUACUUCUGGUUUUCGCACCCCAGGUGCAGCUCUCGCCGCAGUCGCAGGGACGAGGGCCGCUGCAGUUGCAGCCCGAUCCGCAGUCGCAAGCCAUCAGGGAUAUCAGCAAGUUUGCUUGGUGUUGUUUUGCCGGGUCGCGCAGCGGGUCUUAUAUCCCCGUCGUCAACGUGGUUGCCGCAAUUACAGUGUACUGCGGUCAGAGGCUGUCGGCCCUGUCAUCACCGUGA